AUGUUAUAUGAUCCAAACACUUAUAAAGGAAUUAAGGGUGGCACUUAAUUUAAUGAAACUGAAUUUUUUGAUGCUAUAGCAAAUAAGGCUCCUAAAAGCAAGUCUAUCCAAUCUAACAUAAGGGUCUAAAACCAACCUAAGAUUCUUUAUAAAAACUAAAAAUAGUCUACUUAAAGUGCAGAAAAAAAGUACACUUCUCCACAAAUCAAGUCCCCUUUAAAAUUGUUUGCUUAUAAGCAAAGUGGAUCCUCUUGUUCUUUAAAUAGUGAUGAAUAUAUUUUGAAAAUAAAGUAAUGGAAUUAAAAUAUGAUGAAUAAAAUAGCUAGAACUUAAUAAUCCUCUCCACCUAAGAAAGGCAUACUCAAUUAAUGCAUAGACUCUUAUAUGAAAAAAUAAAAAUGUAAACAGUUUAUUUCAUCAAUAUGA